AUGAACGAUGCCCCGGAUACACCGAUGAGCUCAUCUCCACCCGACUCAGCGCCUUCCAGAGAUGUGUUACCAUAUCCUCAACAUCCUGCUUGUGGCCAAGGACCGAAUAGUUGUGCUGCAAUCGCCUGGGACACAAUGACAGCUCUCGAAACUUGUACAGGUGCAGGUAUUUCUAGCGAAAGCUUUACCAAUCCAUACGCCUAUGCUUGGACCGAUGAUCAUGAUCUGCAAGCCGGAACUCUUGAUGAAAUCUUGAGGGUCAAUCAGCGAGCUAUCACGCGGAUUUUUGAGAUGCUGCAAUGCACUUGCGCCAGGAAACCAGACAUGGCGAUGCUUUUAGGGUCUAUCAUCACCAAGAUUCUUGCCUGGCACCGCCGAGCGUGUUCGAAGUCAGGGGAUUUAGACCCGUAUCUUCCAGUGGAUCCUCUCUUUCCUCACCCGUCUGGUACUACUACGCCCAUGAGUAGUCAAUCAAGCACGGGUGUAAACUCGCCCUAUCGGAAGCGCCCCUGGGAUCACGAGAAUAUGGAGACGAUUAAUCCAGCAAUCCUCUCGAAGCUAUCCGCCGAGCCUGUGCGUGUUGGCAAGUUCGUGCCCGACGACGAAGUGCAGGGCCCGAUUCGCCGACUGCUUAUCCUUAGCAACCUCAAAAAGGUCAGACCGAUGAUUGACUGCCUAGGCCGACUAUCCGAAACCUACGAAGACAACGCCUCGAAGAAUCUCUUCACGAUGUUACGGAUGUGGCUGAGAGAAGAACUGUCUCGCACGGUCAAAGACGUCUGCCAAAGGACGAGCGUGACUGACGUGGGCCUCAUAAGCGCGUGCGGGUGA